AUGUCCGAAUCGAAUUCCCCAAAAGAACGCAUACCGUCCGAUGAGGAAGAUACACAAGAAGCGCCUCUCACCAUGGCCGCAUCCGUCGUAUUGACGCAUCUACCGCGCGAUGCAAGUAAAGCGCUUGAGAACGCUGGGGGGUUGGGUGUUCAGAAAGCUCACCCAUACCCUCCAGUAACAAUCCGCCUCCAACCUAUCGGCUCCGCCCCGCACCUAACUCAGCGCAUCUUCAAGCUCAGCACAACGCAAACGUUUGCAACCAUUGUACGUUUUCUGCGCAAACGACUGGGUGUCAAGGAGCAUGAGAGCGUAUUUUGUUAUGUGGGUAGUGUGUUUAGUCCCGGAUUAGAUGAGGGGGUUGGGAAUCUUUGGUCGUGUUUUAAACAAGGGGAGGAGUUGGUUGUUGGGUAUGCUGUUAGUCCUGCUUUUGGAUAG